AUUCAGCAUCAAAUACGCUAUCUAUCUUCACGCCGCUCAUUUUACGGAAAUAUCAGUGAUCCGAAAAUGGCACCGCAACUUGAACCUUUCUUCAAGCAGGUCGACGAUUUGUCGGGCUCUUUCAUUGACCGUCUACGAAAGGCUGUCGCCAUCCCAUCUAUUUCCGCACAGGAUGAGAAUAGAAAGGAUGUCUUCAAGAUGGCCCAGUUUCUUGCUUCCGAGCUUGAGAAUUUGGGUGCCGAAGUGGAACAGAGACCGUUAGGUAAACAACCUGGAAAAGAGCACCUGGAUCUUCCCCCGGUUGUGCUUGCUCGUUAUGGUAAUGACAAGAGCAAGCGAACCAUCCUGGUCUAUGGGCACUAUGACGUGCAGCCGGCUUUAAAAGAAGAUGGCUGGGCGACAGAGCCUUUCGAGUUGACCGUCGAUGAUCAGGGAAGAAUGUACGGGCGCGGAAGCACGGACGAUAAAGGUCCCGUCCUCGGCUGGCUGAAUGUUAUCGAAGCUCAUAAAAGGGCUGGUGUUGACUUCCCGGUCAAUCUGCUCUGUUGCUUUGAGGGGAUGGAGGAGUAUGGCUCAGAAGGUUUGGAAGAGUUCAUUCAAACCGAGGGCAAGGAAUUUUUCAAAGAUGCAGAUGCCGUUUGCAUCUCGGACAACUAUUGGCUUGGGACCGAAAAGCCUUGCUUGACCUACGGGCUCCGAGGCUGCAACUACUACUCCGUGAGCAUCUCGGGACCUGGUCAGGACUUGCAUAGCGGGGUCUUUGGUGGCACAGCACACGAGCCGAUGACUGAUCUGGUUCAUGUGCUAUCUAAACUUGUCGAUUCGCAGGGAAAUAUCCUGAUCCCUGGAAUCAUGGAUCUUGUUGAGCCCCUUACGGAGGAAGAAAAAUCCCUAUACCCUGGCAUCAACUACACUAUGGAUAAUCUUCACGAGUCACUGGGCAGCGAGACAAGCAUUCAUUCCACCAAAGAGAGAACUCUCAUGGCAAGAUGGAGGUACCCGUCUCUUUCUCUCCAUGGCAUUGAGGGCGCAUACUCUGCUCCUGGCGCGAAGACAGUAAUUCCAGCUAAGGUCAUCGGCAAGUUCUCAAUCCGAACUGUGCCGAAUAUGGAAAGUGAGGACGUGAACAAACUCGUCUUCGACUAUGUCAAGGCAGAGUUCGCCAAAUUGAAUAGCAAGAACACAUUGAACGUGUGGCUCCAGCAUGAUGGAAAGUGGUGGGUUGCCAGUCCGAAGCAUUGGAACUUCUCGGCUGCAAGCAAAGCUGUGAAACAGGUUUUCGGUGUUGAGCCGGAUAUGACCCGUGAGGGUGGCAGGUAUGUCUUCUGAUUCAUACUCGCCAUCUGUUACACUGCUUCAGAUACUUUGAGACUGAUAUCCAUAUAGUAUCCCUGUCACACUAAGCUUCGAGCAAGCUACAGGCAAGAAUGUCCUCCUCCUACCUAUGGGAAGCUCGACUGAUGCUGCUCAUUCGAUCAACGAGAAGCUCGAUAAGAGGAAUUAUAUCGAAGGAAUC